AUGGCUGUGAAGAGGUCAUCACCGUCACUGCAGGGCAGGGAGAGUGACUCCGAGGAGGAGCUGCCCACAUUCUCCUUUCUGAAGAGGCAGCCACUGAGGCAGGAGAAGGUCACAGUGGUUGUCACCUCAGACUCUGAGGGCUCCUGUCCACCAUCGCCAGAGUCUCUGGGUCUGUCCCCUGGCCCGGUCGCAGCAGAGACGGGGCUGCAAUCAGAGGCAGUCCUGGUGUCCAGCAGUGACAGUGAGGAGGGGGAGGAGCUGAUUCCCUUGGCUGACAGACUCACGUGUAAGUUUGUGACCCGCCAGCAGCUGAGCCCUGAGGACUCGAGUUCAAACGCCUUGAUUCAUCGGAGUCAUGAAGGAGCAUCAUGUGACUGGGGAAACCAGCCCUUCUGGAAGAGCCUGGAUGCUCCCUUCAUUGGCACUUCAGAGAGGAACGCCUCCAGUGACAAGGACCGUCCACGCCAUCAGCCUCCAGCCCACCAGCCCACGCGCCCCACACAGACCAGCAGCUUGAUGGCAACCAAGGCGACUCCUGACAUCCCCUUUCCCCAGAGGACUGCCAGGUGUAGUAAGAAGAUGCAGGGACGGCCGCAGCCGCAGGGACCACGAGUGAGCCGGAAGGAGAGCCCCCCGAGGAGGCAGGAAGGAAGGAAGAAGGCAGUGGCGCCAGUUAGCAGGCCAAAGGUCCUAAGACCAGAGGAAUGCUUGAAGCACAUGCUUGUGGUGCUAGACCCAGAGCUGCUGCAGACGGAAGGCGGGGGCCAGGUGCUCGGCGCGCUGCAGUCCAUGGAGUGCCGCUGUGUGAUCGAGGUGCAGGCCGUGCCCUGCAGUGUCACUUGGAGAAGGGCUGGGACAAGUGAGGAUGGAGAGGACUGGAUGGAGGAGCCAAUGGUGCUGGUGUUGCUGCUGGCAGAGGCGUUUGUGUCCAUGGUCUACAAUGUUAAGCAGGGAAUUCUGGGCAGCACCGAGAAUGCGAAGGAGACACUUCAAGGCUUUGUCACAGACAUUACAGCAAGGAUGGCGGGAAAAGCUCUUUGUCUGGUGAUCCUGGAUCAGGAGAAACAUUUCAGUGCCCAGAAUCCACCGAAGAGAAGGAAACAGGUAGCAGCACGAAAACAGGCCAAGGAGAAGCAACAGCGGACACAGCCAGAAGCCAGCACAGGGCGUGUGGUGUCCCGGGUAGACGUGGAAGAGGCUUUGGUGGAUCUACAGCUACACACCAAUGCCCAGGUUCGGAUUGUGCAGAACUGGAAAGAGCUGGCCGACCUUGCCUGCGCAUUCACAAAGGCUGUGGCUGAGGCACCCUUCAAGAAACUCCGAGAUGAGAGCGGCUUCUCCUUCUGCCUGGAGAGUGACUGGGCAGGAGGGGUGAAGGUGGACCGUUCUGGCAGGGGACUCGCGCUGGUCUGGAGGAGACAGAUUCAGCAACUGAACCGCGUCAGCCUGGAAAUGGCCAGUGCUAUUGUGGACGCCUAUCUCUCCCCACAGCUGCUGCUCCAGGCGUAUCAGCGGUGCUGCUCGGUGCAAGAAUGCCAGAAUUUGCUUGCAGAUAUACAGGUGCGCCGUGGAGAAGGUGUGACAUCCACCUCGCGCCGGGUCGGACCGGAGCUGUCCAGACGGAUCUACCUCCAAAUGACCACCCUGCAGCCAGACCUCUCUCUAGACAGUACCGACUGA